GGCUUCUCUCCCUCUCCCCAUCAAAACCAAACUUCAAACUUCAAUUUUUCUCUUUUGGGUAUCAUCCAUUUAGCUCUCAAACAAUAAUCUCCCAUAGCUAAAUUCUCUAUGUGAAUCUGCAAAUUUAUACACAUAAGCAGUUGGACCUAUUUUGUUCAAACUCCAGAUAUGUACUGUUUGGUGAAUGAUUGUGCAAGGCAGAUUGGAUAAAUGUGAAAUCAUGGGACGUCAUGAAUUGUAUUUCUUUCCUGUGAUAGAGAUUUUGUGAAUUUAUUUUUGUGUGUUCUGGAAUUGGCUAAGGAUGUGCACGUGUCAUCGAAGUAUUAUUGUUGGAGGACUUAUGGUGCGUACCUGUUCUUGAGGGUCUUGAAUAAGGAUUUUGCUCCUGAUUGAUUUUGCAAUGAAGAUGAAGAUAUUAAUGUGAAUUAUGGAAUAAAUGCAAUUGUAUAGUUCUAUAAAUAUUUUCUAUUCUUGGUCACAUCCUUCUUGGUGCUUUGGAAUAAGUGUUGAAUGCUAUGGAGUUGCAGGAAGAAAACUAGUUCUCAAGUUCAGGUUGAUUUAGUGCACAGAAGCUGUGAGUAUUAUCUGUCCCGAUUGGAGAAGCAUUUCCAGAAGUAGGUAUAAGGAUUUUGAAGUAAACAAGGGUUGACAGUUUUGUCAACAUUCACGUGCCUAUAUAUGUUAAAUAAGAAAUCUUCGAUACCAUGACAAGAGAGACUCCUGGUAGUUCAGGCCAGCUGUUCUAUGGCGAUAAGUUCCAGGUUUUAUAUUGUGGUAGAGCUGCUGAAGAUAGAAAUGUAAAUAAUAUUUGUGUACAGACAGGUGAGCAAUUUGCUACUGAGUUUUUGCGCGAUCGAAUUGCUGUAAGAAGGGUACUAGAUGAGAACCAGCUAGCACAAAUAGGCUCUAAUUAUAAUCAGAACCAGCAGAUGGUUUAUGAUAGUCCUUCCAGUUUUCAUGGGAUUCGGAGAAAAGACUCUGAAUCUGAUGCUUCAGAUUUUACUCCCAAGACAGGAUAUGCAGCUGAUAUGGAGACUAGGACUUAUCCUGAUAAACUAAACAGAUACCAGUGGGAAUAUUAUCCCUGUGGACAAAACCCUGGUAAAUAUACUGGUGAUGUGAAUUCUGAUCGAGUUAAUAUUGACUCGAUUACUCCCCAAAAAUACGUGGUUGAGUCCCCUCUAUCAUAUCAUCCCUAUGGCUCAGAAGUUCCGGAAAGUGCUUUCUUUGGCAAAAUGAAAUUUUUAUGCAGCUUUGGGGGCAGGAUAUUACCAAGGCCAAAUGAUGGAAAGCUUAGAUAUGUAGGCGGAGAGACACGGAUUAUAUCCAUCAGAAAAAAUGUUGCAUGGGAAGAACUUGCAAAGAAAACAUUGGCCAUUUAUAACCAACCUCAUACAAUCAAGUACCAGCUCCCUGGCGAGGAUCUUGAUGCUCUUAUUUCUGUUUGUUCCAAUGAAGAUCUACAUCACAUGAUGGAAGAAUAUCAAGAAAUAGAAGCAAAUGGAGGGUCACAAAGACUGCGUAUAUUUCUGAUUUCUUCAGUUGAACCUGACAGCCCAAAUUCAUUUGACGGAAGGACUCCACAACAUAGUGAUGCUGACUACCAGUACGUUUUUGCUGUCAAUGCCAUGCCAGAUGUAAGUCCCCAGAAAAGCUCUAGCGGACAAAGUUUGGCAAGCCAACCAAACCAGUUUGGAAUUGCUUCAGAUCAUGGUCCAACUUUUCAUAGAGAUUCUCCUACGUCAGUUUAUGCAUUGGAUAAUAAGGAUUGUAGUCCAACUUCCCCCAUUGUGGUUGGAGCGUUUUUAAAUCCUACUGUUCAGUGUUCCUCUCCACUCCAGCUCCAAGGCACGUCCUUCAAUCAACCUCCUCCUCUAACUCCACUUACAAUUCAGCAUGGUAAUCUUAAGAAUUCUAACAUACAAUUUAAUGGUGAACAAUCAUGUCCUGAGGCUAAUGAAAGCAUUAAUAUCUUUCCCAAGGACAAAAUUCCAUUUGAGGAUACCUCUGCGUAUUAUACUAGAAUUGCUCAAGGACCACAAAUAUUGAUGAACCACCAUCGUCAUCACCCAUAUCUGCUAGAAGUUGACCACAAUAGCAAAUCCUCUGACAUGUAUUUUCACAAUCGUAGCCCAAGUGGAGAUUUUCUGCAAUAUCAACUAAAUGUUCCAAGUGAUUUAGAUUUAGAGAGACCUAAGCUUAAAGAAAGGGCACUUUCUGACUCACAGUUGCAGGAACAUAAUGAAGGGUCGAAAGGCUUCCUGCAAGAAGCAGUUAACCCUCUUCGCCUAUGGCAUGAUGGAAGGGAAAAAUCACCUUCACUGGCAUUGUCAAAUUUAUCACAGGAGCCAAUGAUGUGGCAAGGUUUAAUGAAUGAGGAACACCAAGAAGCCAAAUAUGAGAACGAGUGCAGCUUUACACUGGAGAAUGUUGACUUGAAGCAAGAGUCAUUGAAGAGGGUACACUGCGGAAUUGCUCUCCAUGAUGAAGGCAGCAAAGAAUGUGAAAGGAACAUGUCAAACGGUAAUCCUAUGGAGUAUAAGAACUUAGAGAACGUAGAGGUCAACCCAUUGCUUUGUUUCCCUCGAAAAAAUGCUAUGAAAAAUUCUUUAGAUGAUCCAAGAGAGUAUCGCCUGGAUUGCCAAUCAGGCACAGUUACACCUCUACCUGAUCUAUUUUUCAAGAAUCAAAAUGUUUCUAAGGAUCAGCAGAGUGCCGCAACAGAGAGAAAAAGUGGUCAACAAAUUUCUGAUGUACUUACUCGAUGUCACCAUCCUCUACCUCAUGAAUCGUGUGACCAAAAACCAAAUGUCCAGAAUUCAAAAUCAGUUGCAACUGCUGCUUCAGGUAGAGUGGUUUCUCCCUAUUAUGAAGACCCUGUGAAUUAUCCUGGAAACAAUGUUGAAGAUGUAAGCAUCAGGGGACAAUUGCAAAUGGAACUGAAGAUUAGAGAUGCUCCAAAAUGGUUGGAUGAUCUUCAUCAGAAUAGGGUGCUGGGAUCAGUUGUACUUGUUGAAGAUGUUACUGGUACCACACCUCCAGAUAUCCCCUUGGCUUCAAGGAUCAUCCCGCAUGUUGAAGAAGAUGCUUCCGACGAGUUUGAAUCUCAUAUUACUGAGGUUGAAAGCACAGCUCCAGAAUCUGAAUCUGAGGAUGCAGAAGCUGAUGGCGGAGGAACUGAUGAUUCUAUUAAUGAUGUUGCAAUAACUGAAAUUGAAGCAGGCAUAUAUGGUUUGCAGAUUAUAAAGAAUACGGAUAUAGAAGAAUUGCGAGAAUUAGGAUCUGGUACAUUUGGAACUGUUUAUUAUGGGAAGUGGAGAGGUACUGAUGUUGCUAUCAAGAGGAUCAAAAAGAGUUGCUUUUCUGGAAGAAUCUCAGAGCAAGAGCGGCUGACGAAGGACUUCUGGAGAGAGGCAAAGAUUCUAUCAAAUCUUCACCAUCCAAAUGUGGUAGCAUUUUAUGGUGUAGUCCCUGAUGGGCCUGGGGGAACAAUGGCAACUGUAACUGAAUACAUGGUGAAUGGAUCACUGAGGCAUGCCUUGCAAAAAAAGGACAAGGUACUUGAUCAUCGUAAAAGGCUUAUAAUUGCACUAGAUGCAGCUUUCGGCAUGGAAUAUCUACAUUUGAAAGAUAUUGUUCAUUUUGAUCUGAAGUGUGAUAAUCUGUUAGUAAAUUUAAGGGAUUCUCAACGACCCAUAUGCAAGGUUGGAGAUUUUGGAUUGUCACGAAUUAAACGCAAUACACUUGUAUCCGGCGGGGUUCGUGGAACCCUUCCAUGGAUGGCACCAGAAUUACUUGAUGGCAACAGCAAUCGUGUUUCUGAGAAGGUUGAUGUAUACUCAUUUGGUAUUGUAAUGUGGGAAGUCUUGACGGGCGAGGAACCCUAUGCCAACAUGCACUGUGGUGCUAUCAUUGGUGGAAUAGUAAGCAACACGCUUAGGCCACCUAUACCAGAACGUUGUGAUCCUGAAUGGAGAAAGUUGAUGGAAGAAUGCUGGUCUUUCUAUCCAUCAGCUAGGCCAUCAUUUACAGAAAUAACAAACAGGCUGCGCGUUAUGUCAAUGGCACUUCAACCAAAGCGACGAAACCUUGCAAAUAGAUGAAAACUACACUCCUAAAUGUAAGUAAAAAAAAAAAAAGCAUACUCAUUUACAUGUAAAGAUUAACUAGGAAAACAUUUAUAAAGCUAUAGCCGACUGUCUCAAUAAGGAUAAAUAUUUAAUAAUUUCUUUUUCCAGCUUUCAGUGUCAGAUGUUCUAACUGUUCGUUCUCACACUGAUCAAUUUCACAUUUGAUGAGAUUAUAUUUG